GAAUUAGUCAUAUUUAAGCUUCAUUAAUUUGUCAGUCCAUCAACCGGAAGGAGAAAGACAUUUACAUCAGUGAAAAUAUGGGUGUUCUUGCAGUAAUAGCCAAACGUUUGGAUACACUAGUCGGGCCCGGGGUGAUGCUUCUUUAUCCAUUAUACGCAUCACUGAGAGCAAUCGAGAGUCCUUCAACCCUGGAUGAUCAGCAGUGGUUAACAUACUGGAUUAUAUACUCGUUAAUAACCCUGUUUGAGCUAUCAUGUUAUAAAGUCCUGGCUUGGCUCCCAUUUUGGCCGUACAUAAAGCUUUUAUUUUGCAUGUGGUUGGUGUUACCGAUGUUCCAUGGGGCAGCUUAUAUCUAUGCAAAUUACAUCAAGAAAUAUGUAAAGAGUAGUGGGCUCCUAGGCUCAUCAAAUUUUACGGAAGACCAAAAGAAGGUCCUCGAGAUGAUGAGCUUUGAUGCAAGGAAAUCAGUAACUCAAUAUGUUGAUAAACAUGGAUGGGAAGCUCUUGAACGGGCUAUCAAAGCGGCUGAAAAGGAAGCAAAGAAGCAUUGAGAACUUAGAAGAUCUCUGAAUUAUGAUUUUCUAUUUGCUUACUAUUUCACUCGAAUUCGUUUGUGCAAAUUGUGUAUACAUGCAAGUGUAAAACAUAUCGAAGGAUAUAUAUUUACAAGAACAGAUAUGGGCUAACUGUGUUCUGAUGA